AGAAUGGCACUUCGAUUGACGGCUCGCAUGAAUUUCCGGUAUUUUCGAUAUCUUUGGAAGAUCUGUUGAGCGAAGAAAGUUACUCCCAACAUCGACAGGUUCCCGGCUCGAUUUUUUCUCGCGUUCUUUCAAUUCCACGUGGCUUGCGAGUGGAUCUGUUUUUAAGUUCUUAAUAAGGCUUUAAAUGCUAUCAAAGAAGGUUAUUUUGAAGGGUGGUGCAAGCCUUCUCGAUGAGAUGCAAACUCUGGGCUCAACGAUCGAGACUCGUACUUCCAGAGCCCGGAAAUGUCAACCCACGUCUAUCGGUGGAACUGAUUCCAUGGCAAGCCUUUUGGGUGCGUCGAUAAUAAGUCCUGAAAAAGAUCCACACGAUACCAUCGGUGGCAGCAAAUCGAGAGGGAAAAGAAAUGCCAACAGGGUUUUUAUCGAUCAAAAUGAAAUAGAUUGUAAUCUCGGUAUGCUGAAAAAUGGCAGAAGAAGAGUACACAAAGCGGCAAGCAAUGCCGAGGACACACCAACAUUUAAAAGUAAGUCGAUUAAAAAAAAACCACCCUCUAAAAGACUUACCAGAAACAAAUCACUAGCCAAAAAAUUAAAGUACACAUCUGAGAAAGAUGUCACUGAACAAAGUAUACAGAUUAGUAACCCCGAGGAUACUACUGUCAAUGACGGUAGUAGUGUAUUUUUACAUUCUACGCAAGAAGAUGUGGCUCCAUUGGAAAUGACUACUCCACGGAAAUUGCGAGGUGCUAACAAAAAGGCUGCUACUAUUGUUACACCUGAAAGUAGCCCGAUUAUGGUGAACUUUACUCCUCAUAGGUCUACCAAGACCCCAAGAAAAUCACCAUUAAAUUUGGGCUCACCUAAAACACAUUUUGAAACACCUUUGGGAAUGUCUAAAACUCCUAGAAAAUUACCAAUUACCGUAAAUUCUCCUUCCACGUCAGAUAAUUCAGUUAUGACAACAUCAAGUAAAGAAACUCCAAAAAAACAGUCGCAAGAAUCAGAUGAUAAUAAAUUAUCCAACUUCGUAGAUGGUAUUGGUGUUAAUAUGAGAGCACGUAAAAGCCCGGGGAAGUCAAAGGGAAGUCCUGUGUCAUCUUCAAAAAAGAAACUCUUGUCCCCAAAAUUCCCUAAGUUUCCUAAAAUCGUAUUAAAGUUGCCAAAGUCAAAGUCACCCACCUUUAAGCAGAUGCGUUCUUCAGACAAAAGCAAUAAGUCCGAGAAACGUCAAGUCAGAAAGGCUAAGUCGCCCAAAUUAACCCCUAUUAAAAAUCCUGAAUCGACGCUACAAUUGUGUGAUGUUUGUAUUCCUUUAUCACCUAUGUCAAAAAUGGCGAUAGCAUCAUCGAAGACCCCCACGGUUCUACUUACAAAUAUAUCUUAUUUGAAACCUGAUAUUCAGUUAAAGAUUAACUCAUCCAUGACAAAUAUGAAAGGGUUGAGUGAGACUCCGGUAACGACACCAGUUGUCUCGAAACUAACUCCUCAUGGUGGAGAUAGUCCCAGGAGACCGAAGUCUAUGACUAAGAAACGAUCACCUAUAACAGAUACAGGUACACCAUUAAGGCCGGUUUCUAGUCCUAGAGUUCAUUGUUCAGAUUAUGCAACAUCUAACUCGACUUCGGAAACCAAACCUGAACUACCACACAAUGUAAAACGAAAAGUUCUUGAAUUAAAACAAAACAGUGCGAAUCCAUUAAUGUCAUCUACUCCACGGGAUACAAUCCGACGAUCGUUAAACCUUUCAUCCAUUUUGGGAAAUACGUCUCCCAAAAGAGCAGGGAGUCUAAUUCAGGAAAGAGAAACUUCGUCAAGUCAAUGUAUUCCAACUGUAGUCAAAGAUGAAUGUACUGGAAUAGAACAUGAGUCUGAACCUUUGAUGAAAAGUUUCAUCUUUUCCAGUAGUAGCAGCACUCAUAGCUCAAAGGUAUCUGAACUUAAUGGAACAUUUGAUAUAUCGAAGAAAGUUUCACCUUCUCCAGAGAAGAAAGGCUCCAAAGAUGACACGUAUGAAAUAACGGAACCAAAAACUCCAAGUUUACAGAAGAAAUCUAAAAAAAGAACACUCGAAGAGGCAAAUUUGGAUAUCAGUGAAAGAGAAACCAAGAGAAACUGUAAAGUGCGCUUCGCAACUUUGCCAGAUUCAACGGUUGGGACCUCAAUUUCACAGGCAAUUAGGACACGGGUGAGCACUCCGGGGCAGAAGCAAGUGUUGAAAAAAAAACCCAGUGCGUUAAAUAAAUGGAAUACUUCCAUAACCAAGAGUCGUGAAUCAAGUUCAGUAAAAGUUAAGGCUAGUGAUGACAGUUAUCUCAGGAGAUCCAGUUCCAUGGGAAAUUUAAGUUCUACACCGCUACAGCUUCGAAGAAGGUCAAACUCCUCCGAUGCACUUUCAAAAACAAAAAAGAAUGACGUAAAAACCCCUAGGACCAAACUUACUAAACAAAACUCUCUCAUGUUGUCCGACAAGAAAUUAGAAAGAAGAAUCCCUGCCAGGAAAGCUCCAAAUUUUGCUCAGAUCCAUCAGAGGAAGUUUGAAGAAAUGGAAUCAGUUAUUGAUGCGAAAAAACGAAUCCAACAACGACACGUAGUUUUAAGUGGUACCUCCCAUACUAAUUUAGUCAAUACAAAAUCAAAGGAGAGGUUACCAUUGGUAUCAGGUUCUUCGCAAGAAACAAGGCCAACUGAAACAACAAACGGUGCCUUCAACAGAUUUGGAUUUAAAGUAAGGAAAAACGAAGCUGUUAAUCUCGUGUCGAAAAAACCCGGUUUCAAGUCAAGAGAGUCGAGGAAGGAAGAAGACAGAUCACUUUUAAAAAUGGUUCGUACAAAUCGCCGAUUUGAACUGAUGAUGAAGAACCGUAAUCUGAAUACGUAGAAAGGCAAAUUUCAUUGUAUUAAUAGGUAUAUAAUAGGUUCAAAAAAUCUGUAAAAACUAAGUAUUGUUAAAACUAAACAUUGAAAUACAGUUAAUCCUAUUAGUUGUA